AUGAUGGAGGACGGCAAGUACGAAUGCUUAGCUAAAGGUACAGUAGCACGUGCAUCACGUGGAACAAAUGGAGGUGGUGAGUACUGCAUAAAAGGCGACACAACUCGGCACACAAGUCAGUAUCACCUAAAGCAAAAUAUGAAUAGGGAAUCACGUAGAAUUUCAGCCGAUCAAGUAAAAUCUGAUUAUAUUUCUUGGCAGAAUUUAAGCUUGUUUGGUUUACAUCCACAAUUCUUUCUGCCUCAGUUGUAUGACACUUCGCACAGCAAAAAAAUAAGCAUAUUUGUAAAUCUAUUUUGUUCUAAUGAAAAACUACCGACAGAAGCCGACAUUUGCAAAGGAAUCGCAAAUAAUGGUAUCUCACUACCUAAAAUUCCAUAG